CUCUUUUUAAAUAUCCACAGAAACAUGAGUGAAGCUGGCAAUUGGUGCUUGAUCGAGAGUGAUCCCGGUGUGUUCACAGAACUGAUCUCUGGCAUGGGCGUCAGGGGCGUACAAGUAGAAGAGAUUUGGAGCUUAGACGAAUCAACUAUGGAACAGUUAAAGCCGAUCCUUGGUUUGAUCUUUUUGUUCAAAUGGCAAGACGCUUCUGGCGGUUCGGAACCCACUUCGGGAGGCCAACCCGAUGCGGCCGCAGACCAUGUAUUCUUUGCCAACCAAGUAAUCAACAACGCUUGCGCCACACAGGCCAUUUUAUCCAUCUUGUUGAAUCGAGACGAUAUUGAUUUGGGCCAAGAGUUGCGUAACUUUAAAGAAUUCACUGCCGACUUUCCACCUGAUAUGAAGGGCCUGGCUAUCUCAAACAGUGAUUUGAUCCGAUCAGUACACAACAGUUUUGCACGAUCCGAUCCAUUUGUGAACGAAAUCCAAGAUCCACGAGCAAGCAAAGACGAGGACUUAUUUCAUUUUAUCGCGUACUUGCCUAUUCAUGGUGCGCUCUAUGAAUUGGAUGGUCUGAGUCGAGGCCCAGUUAACCUAGGCGCAUGUACGGAUGAUAAUUGGGUGACCAAAGCCAAUGAAGCUAUCAUGGGUCGAAUGGAAAAAUACGGAGCUAGUGAACUGCAUUUCAGUCUGAUGGCAUUGACGGGAGACCGGAUAGAUCUUUACCAAGAACAGAUAGAAGAAGUGGAUGGGCUGUUGUUGUCGUUGCCUGACGACGCAACGGACGAGCGACGACGAUUGGACGAGGAUCGUAAUUUAUUGGAACACAAAUUACAACUCGAAAAAGAGAAGCGAGCACGGUGGCACAGAGAAAACAUACUUCGCAAGCACAAUUUUGUGCCAAUGAUCUAUAACCUGCUACGUACACUUGCAGAACGCAAGGAACUUGAUCCACUUAUAACCACUGCAAAAGAAAAGGCAACAGCAAGAGCUGCUGAAAAAGCAAAGGCCACGGCGGAAAAGAAAUAAGUUUGUUUUCCGUCGCGCGCAUAUAGUAUGUGUGUGGUGGAAUAUAAUAAAAAGGCUGUCAAAAUAUUAUUUACUAUGAGGUU